GCUGUUCCGCUCUAAACAUCCGGUUUUGCUGUGCGCUGUUUCUUUUCUGCCGGACCGAGCCAGUAUGGGGCGCGUCAGGACCAAGACGGUGAAGAAGGCCGCCCGGGUCAUCAUCGAGAAGUACUACACCCGCCUGGGCAGCGACUUCCACGUCAACAAGAGGAUUUGUGAGGAAAUCGCCAUCAUUCCCAGCAAGCCGCUGCGCAACAAAAUAGCGGGGUAUGUGACGCACCUGAUGAAGCGCAUCCAGCGCGGUCCCGUCAGAGGAAUCUCCAUCAAGCUGCAGGAGGAGGAGAGGGAGAGGAGGGACAACUAUGUGCCCGAGGUCUCAGCUCUGGACCAGGAGCUCAUCGAGGUGGAUCCUGACACAAAGGAAAUGCUGAAGAUGCUGGAUUUUGGUGGUCUCUCCAAACUUCAGGUCACUCAGCCAACCAUUGGAAUGAACUUCAGAACCCCACGAGGCCUGUAAGAUCAUGUUCACCUGCUGCAAUAAAGAGUUGGAACUGGUCAA